CUCCGUCUUUCCAGUCAUUUGCGCUUUGGGUUCGCUGCACCAUGAGCGAUACCGUGUUGAUCGUUGCAAUCGCUGGCGGCGUCGUCGUCGCGAUCCUUGCGGGCUUCUUCAUCUGGCGGUCAUGCAGAAGCAGCAAGUCGACCAACGACGGGUAUGUGAACCAGUCCACGUUCAACCACUCCACACGCAACCUGUCCAACGACCGAUCCAAGUCAAACAAUACUGGCACCCGCACAAACACCAGUGGCGUGGACACGUUCCGUCCUAUCCAAGCUCCCGCAGACCCCACGGAGAACUAUUUCCCCGAACUCAUGCCGUUCCGUAUCGACCACAACGAAGUGCUGCUCACCCGCGCGAUUUCCCGCGGCGCGUUCGGUGUCGUGUGGUUGGGCCACUACCAUGGCCAACCCGUCGCGAUUAAGCGCAUGAUCGAGGGCGACGACCAAGCCGUGCUCUUCUCCAAGGAAAUCCAGAUCAUGGGUCGGUUGAAAGCGCCCAACAUUGUCGAAUUCAUCGGGUCCACGUGGACUUCUGGCAUGGACUUGAGUGCCGUGACCGAGUUUAUGGACGGCGGCGACGUCCGCACGUUGCUCGAGAACCCCAAGAUCCAGCUCUCGUGGCCUGCGCAAAAGGUGAACAUCGCCAUCGACGUCGCGCUCGCGCUCGCGUACCUCCACGGGCUCACUCCGAAGCUCAUCCAUCGCGACUUGAAGUCCAAGAACGUUCUGCUCACGUCCAAUAUGGUCGCUAAGCUGUCGGACUUUGGGCUCAGCCGCAACCGCAGCUACGAAGAAACCCUCACGGCCGGCGUCGGCACGGUGCGCUGGACCGCGCCCGAAGUCAUGCUCGGCGACAUCUACUCGGAGAUCUCGGACGUGUACUCAUUCGGUGUCGUGCUGUCUGAACUCGACACCCGCGAGAUUCCAUUUGACGACCAGAAGAGCAGCAAAGCCGGCGGCGCGCCAGACAUGUCCAUCGUCGUCAAGGUCGCGCGCGGGGAACUGCGCCCGACGUUCUCGCCCGACUGCCCCGCGUCCAUCCUGCAGAUCGCUAAAGCAUGUCUGCAGUUCGACCCGGCGCUUCGUCCAUCCAGUGCCCGCGUCGUGGAAAUGCUGCAACAAGCCAAGCUCGAGUUUACCUUAAAUGGCCAGUAAAUAAUUGACUGACUGCCUUAUGUCGAUGCACUAUAAUAGUAUAUUUUUUGUAACCUAAAAGUCCAAUUUACAACUGUAAACCCAAA